AAAUCAGCAUGUCGACCCAGAUGAAGCAUCGCGGCAGCGGUGUGGAGCCUAAGAACGCUCUGCAAUCCGACUUUGCCGAAACCUCGAGCAUGGACUCAGAUGAACGCUAUUUGACAUUGCACCGCCAAUGGAAGUUCGCAGAGAGCUUUUCCGCCAGCUUUGACGCUUUGAUGACGACCUCGUCUAACAACUAUGCAGCUGCAAUGUACGUUAUCGGUGGUAUCCGUGCAACAUUCUAUAUCGGUGUUGAGGCUGGAGGUCCUGCAGCCUACUGG